AACCGAAUUUAAAUAUUUAAAAAGUUAUCGUAAAGAUACUAAUUUAUGAUACGAUAAGUUAUGAGUAAUGAUGAAAAAAUUCAAUGAAUUAAUGGUAUUAUUAAUAACAUGUCUGUGAAGUUUAUUCACGUGGAUUAAAAUGCCAAGGAUUUACGCGCGAACCGCCGAAGAAAUGAUCUGCUUCGUUUUCGCAGUUUUAACGAGUCUCGCAAUAGGAAUAUCCUCGUUAUCUCAUCACACGACGCGGGCAGUAAAUGAAGACUAUCCACGGGAAGCAUUUUUCAAUGGGACAGCAUUUCUUAAGCUCGCGUCGACGGUCUCAGUUCAUCGACACAGCGGACUGAGCUUUCGCACCUGUGAAGGUGGAAGAUUAUUCCUGCAGACUUACAAUGACGACAUGAUAAGUCUCGAUGUAACCGCGGACGGAUUGAUCUUCACCGCGAUCAUUGAUAAGCAGAGAUACGAAGCCAAAUUGAGCGCUAAGCUGCUCAAUAAUAUCUGGCACAACAUAAGUCUCUUCUUCAAACUCGGUAAUCUUACUCUCACUGCCGCUGGACAUAGCCAAAUCAUAGCAAAUGCAACAUAUAAUUCAGCAAUUCUCAUGCUACCUGAUUAUAAUGUUAAUAGUACUUUAAUUGUCGGUGAAGGUUUCAAAGGAUGCAUUUUACAAGGACCUGGAAUUUUAUUUAAUAAUACGUUUAAUUAUGGAGCAAUACUGGGAAAAUGUCCCACUGAUUUACGCGGCUGUGGACAGAGCAAUGUCGGCGGUACAGUAGGAGGGAUAUCAAGUGACAUGAGCAAGAAUUACUGUCACAAUGAGCCGUGUAUGAUGCACGGAAAAUGUAUCCCAUUAUUGGACGGAUACGAGUGCCAGUGCUCGGCAAGAUAUUCCGGGAAAAACUGUCAAAUUGAUAAUGGCUCACCGUGCAACAGCAACCCCUGCAGAAAUUUAGGUACGUGUAAAGAAGACGAGAAAGGAGAUUACACUUGCAUUUGCCCUCUAGGAUACACGGGUUAUUUCUGCGAGUCUCCAUUGAGCGUACGCCCGUGCAAAGAUAAUCCAUGUAGAAACAAGGGUCUCUGUUUGGCAUUAAGCGAAACCGAGUAUAAAUGCAAAUGUCCCGGCGGAUGGGCUGGAAGAAACUGCGAAAUAGAUAUUAACGAGUGCGACUCAAAUCCGUGUAAAAACGGCGGCCGUUGUAUUGACGGAAUAAAUAAUUAUACAUGCAGGUGUGAAAGCACUGGAUAUGAAGGAAAAAACUGCGACGUAAAUAUCGAUGAGUGUGUGAACAAUCCUUGUUUGAAUAAAGGAAAGUGUUAUGACAAUUACGGCGGCUACGUGUGCCACUGUCCAGAAGGUUUCGAGGGUCAGAACUGCGAGCUGAAUCUCAAUGAAUGUCUUUCGAGUCCCUGUAAGAACGGAGGCACGUGUGUGGACGACGUAGGGUCUUAUCAUUGCAAUUGUCUCGCGGGAUUUGCCGGGGAUCACUGCGAGCGACGUAAUAACUGUGAGAAUCGAGUUUGCCCGGCUAAUAGUAUUUGUCUGGAUGUAAAGGGAGGCGCCCAGUGUGUGUGCAAGCCGGGAUACAUGGGCAAUCCACCCAAUUGCAGUAUUAAUUUUUGUGCAAGUAACCCCUGCGUUAACGGGGGAACUUGCAAUAGCAACAACGAUGGGUAUAAUUGCACUUGUACUUCUGAAUGGAAAGGAUCUCAUUGUCAUAUUCCCGUGUCUGAUUGGUGUUCGGUGUGUUACAAUGGCGGCACUUGCAUUGAAACCAUCUAUGGUGUUAUGUGCCAGUGCCCUAGAUUUUGGACUGGAUCCCAGUGCAAAGAACCAGUUACAUGCCGAGAUAUGCCAUGUAGGCAAGCAACUUCUUGUCACGACUAUCCGGGUGGUUAUUACUGCAGCUGCGAGCCAGGAUGGACUGGACCCGAGUGUUCAAUAGACAUCGACGAAUGCUCGAACGAUCCUUGCCGGAACGGAGGAAUCUGUAUUGAUCAAAUAAAUAGUUAUUACUGUCAAUGUUUGCCUGGUUUUACUGGUAAAAAUUGUCAAAUCAACGUCGACGAGUGUCUAUCGCAGCCGUGCAUGAACGGGGGUACGUGUAUCGACAGCAGUAACGGGUACUAUUGCAACUGUACUCAAGAGUAUAUGGGCGAUCAUUGCGAACGUGAGUACGACGCGUGUGCAAUAAAUCCAUGCACAAAUAAUGGCACGUGCACACUGACGCCAAGAUCUAAGCGGGAGUACGUAUGUCAUUGUCAGCCAGGAUUCGAAGGUAAAAACUGCGAAGUAGACGUCGAUGACUGCGUGUCUGUCGACUGCCCGGGAGACCGCGUCUGCGUUGACGGCGUCGCGGGAUACGACUGCAAGUGUCCGGAUGGUUAUCGUGAACCCAACUGCACACUUAUUGUCAAUCAUUGCGCUAAAAAACCCUGCGCCAAUAAUUCAACGUGUGUCGACUUGGGUGACUUGGAUAACUUCCGGUGCGAAUGCGCGCCGGGAUACACUGGUACCAUUUGCGACAUCGACAUCAAUGAGUGUGAAUUACUGGGCAAUAAUUCUUGUAACAAUGGCAUAUGUUUCAACACAAUUGGCAGCUACAACUGCUACUGUCGCCCGGGUUUUUCAGGCGACCACUGCGAUGUGGACGUUAAUGAGUGUCUCUGCGGACCUUGUCAACACAACGCCACGUGCAUCGACAAGAUAAAUUCAUACGAGUGUGUAUGUCCGCCGGGUUACGGAGGCAAAGACUGUGAGAUUGAUGUCAAUGAGUGCGAGAGCAAUCCUUGUAAAAAUAACGCCGCUUGUAUCGAUCAAAUCGCCGCGUAUACUUGUAUCUGCGCGCCAGGAUUCACUGGACACGAUUGCGAGGUAAACAUAAAUGACUGCGAGUCUCAGCCGUGUUUGAAUUACGGCCGAUGCAUUGACGGUAUCAAUAAUUACACUUGCGAUUGCAAGAACACUGGCUUCGAGGGCGAUCAUUGUGAAAAUAAUAUCGACGAGUGUCUGUCAAAUCCUUGUGUCAACAAAGCUGUUUGCAUUGACGACAUCAAGACCUACAAGUGUCGGUGCUACGCUGGGUACACUGGACAAAAUUGCGAGAUCGAUAUCAAUGAAUGCGAGAGCUCCCCUUGUCAGUACAACGGGACGUGUCUUGAGAGAUCGAAUCAAGAAUUGUAUAAAAGUAAUGCGCGAAAUUUACCAGCAAUUUUCACCCAAGAAUUUAAUUAUGCGAACGCAAGUGGAUAUGAGUGUCUGUGCGUACAAGGACUGACGGGACAAAAUUGUGAAAAAAAUAUAAACGAGUGCGAAAGCAAUCCGUGUAUUUACGGAAAAUGUAAAGACAGAAUUGGAGGGUACACUUGUGACUGCGAUGACGGGUUCGAGGGUGAUCAUUGCGAGCAUGACAUCGACGAGUGCAUGCGUUAUCAGCCGUGUCAACGAGGCAAUUGUUCGGAUGCGGUAGCGGACUAUUAUUGUGCAUGUGAACCUGAAUACGGCGGUAAGAAUUGUUCUGUAGCUUUGAUCGGCUGUCAGGGCAAUGCUUGUCAAAAUGGUGGUACAUGCUGGCCAUAUUUGUUCAACGAAACGCAACAUCGAUUCAAUUGCACGUGUCCUUAUGGUUUUCACGGUGACAUAUGUGAUCACGUGACAACAAUGUCAUUGAGCGGAAGUUCGUACGUUAUGAUAAACACAAGCCGUGACGAGGGCUACGAUAUUCAAUUUAGAUUCCGUACGACUCUUCCCAACGGGUUGCUGGCUAUGGGCAAAGGAACUACAUUUUACAUACUCGAGUUAGUCGACGGCAAACUUAAUUUACACUCGAGUAUUCUCAAUCGCUGGGAGGGUGUUUUCAUCGGAAGUGGAUUGAAUAAUUCAAAGUGGCAGCGUGUUUUUGUUGCCAUAAAUGCCACGCACUUGGUGCUGUCGGCCAAUGACGAGCAGACUAUUUACCCAAUAAAUUUAAAUGAAGGAUCAGUGACCUCGCCCACUACCUUCCCCACGACUUACGUCGGCGGUACGAUAAGUUAUCUACGCAAACUAACUCACGGGCCGCCGUUCUUCGUUGGAUGCACCGAAGACGUCAUAAUUAACGGCGAGUGGAUUUACCCGGACAUGAAUUCGGACAGUGUGCUGAUGGAGUCAAUCGAACCCACGUGUCCGCGAGAAGAACAGUGUCUGCCUAAUCCCUGCAAAGCCGGCGGACACUGCACUGACCGAUGGCGCGACUUUUCAUGCAAAUGCGAGCGUCCUUAUUUAGGACACACAUGUCAAUACAACAUGACGGCAGCGACAUUUGGCUACGAAAAUAUAACAGACGGAUACGUUACCGUUAAAGUCGCCGAUGCAGCUCGCAAAGCCGUGCGUUACAUCGUCGACAUUUCAAUGUUCAUACGCACCCGCGAGCAGCGCGGAGACAUAUUUUAUCUGGGCUCUGAAUCAAAUCCUUCUUCAGAUGUCAAGUAUCCAGAGAAUACUUACAUCGCAGCGCAAUUAGAAGGCGGCGAACUGCUGGUACGCAUGCAAUUCAAUGGCACUGAGUCUUAUACUGUGGACGGAGUUAAACUCAAUGAUGGCAACAAUCAUUUGAUCCAAGUAAUUCGCAAUCUGACACUGGUACAGGUUAAAAUAAACGGAACUGAGUACUUCAGAAAGACCAUCAGCGCUACCGGGCAGCUCAAUGUCACGGUUCUGUAUCUAGGCGGCCUGCCGCAGGUGUCUAGAUACAUUCGUCAAGUGGACAGAAGCCAAAUGGAAUUACAGGUUGUCCCUCAAGUUAAUUUCAAAGGUAUAAUCCAAGAUGUCAGAAUAUCCAAUGGCCUUGAAACGAUGGUAGUCGAGUUCUAUCCGCUCAAAGCUAAAGACAUACCGCCGCCGAUUCAAUUUGGUAAUGUAACAUUAAAUCGCGAUAAAGUACUAGCUGGAGUAAUAUCCGACAACGUAUGUGACAGCAGUCCGUGUUAUCACAACGGCACGUGUCACGUCACGUGGAACGAUUUCUGGUGUCAGUGUCCUCGUGGUUAUACCGGUAAAACCUGUCAAGAAAUGGAGUUCUGUCAACUGCAAGACUGUCCCACUGGUUCAAAAUGUCAGAACCUCGACGGAGGGUACGAGUGUAUCGCAAACGCGACAUUCGACGGCACCAGUACGUCAUUUACGUACGUGUAUCAUCAGUUGAAAAAAAUAAAUAUCAUGGAAUCGGGUAUUGACUCUAUCGAAAUAAUGUAUCGUUCAAACAGCGGCGGUACUUUAAUGCACAUGGCGCCACAUGGCUCGACGGACCAACAUUUCACGGUCUCUGUUUACAAAGACAACGUCACUGUCGCUUGGAAACUUGACGUACUUAAUCAAGACACCGUUUCGUUCGGAAAAGAUCUGGCUGACGGUAAUUGGACGUCAAUAAUUCUGCGCUUACACAACAACCAGAUUAUAUGCGGCUACAAAAAUACAUUUGACGAGACAACAGCACACUCGAGUAUGAAAUUUAAUCUCGCAUUGUGGUACGACUUACUCAGCAGCGGCACAAUAACACUCGGAGGAUUAGCGAGUAGUUUGUGGAACACAAGCGGUUAUAUUGUAGCAGACAAAGGGAUUAAUGGCAACAGCGUCGAGCUGCUGGAUCAUCAGUUAACGACAACGAUUCCCCCCCACGAAAUGAUGUCCGGCGAAGCUUUCAAAGGCUGUCUAGGUGAAGUGCGUAUCGGUAACAUGCUUCUUCACUACUUUACAUUCGAGCAGGUCUACAGGAACGCAAACUUCACACCCACAGAGUACUUAGCUCUGCAAUCAAACACCAGCCACGAUAGUAUCGGGUGUCAGUUGUGCUUCGAGCACGAGUGCAAAAAUAAUGGACACUGUCACGAUCAAUUAAAUAGUUAUCUCUGCGACUGUCCGGCGGGUUACAGCGAAGCCGACUGCUCAGUCGACAUUGACGAAUGUGAAAAUAAUAAUUGUCAAAACAACUCGACGUGUAUUGACGGUAUCGCUAAUUAUACAUGCGAAUGCACUAAAGGCUGGCAGAGUUGGCUCUGCGAUAAAGAUGUCAAUGAGUGUGUGCCGACGAGUCCUUGUCAGCACGAUGGAGUGUGCGUUAAUUUACCAGGGUCCUUUAAAUGCGAGUGUCCCGACUCGUUCACCGGAGAACUGUGCGAACAGUUUCGCCUGAUAACUUGCAAAGACCAUCCGUGCGAAAACGGAUCGACUUGCACUGACGUCGUUAAUCAUGAGACCGGUGAUAACUUUACUUGUAACUGCAUGAGUGGUUACGAAGGUGUCAGAUGUAAUGUUCUCUACUGCAACGUUAAAAAUCAGAGAUGCCAGAACGGGGGUAGAUGCGACUCGUUUUCUUAUCAGCCGCCGCAGUGCACUUGCUUACGAGGAUUUACCGGUCGCUAUUGCGAAAUAAACAUCGACGAGUGCGCGGCAGAUGAACAGGGUAAUAUUCCGUGUAAAAAUGACGGCGCUUGUGAAGAUGGGAUUGACAGUUACACGUGUAAUUGCACCGGAACGGGUUACACUGGGCCUAAUUGCAGUGAAGAUAUUGACGAAUGCGCUCAAGGUGACUACGACUGCGGCAGAGGUAAAUGCGAAAAUUUGCCUGGUUCUUUCCGCUGUAACUGCGAGCCUGGUUACUGUGGAUAUAACUGCGGGAUGGAAGAUCCUUGCUCUGAUGACAUUUGUAUGAACGGAGGAACUUGCGAAUGUAAUUCAAAUAACGGGUACAUUUGUGUCUGUCCUUCUGGAUUUACAGGACAAAAUUGCUCAGAGCCGGAGCAUCUGCUAGGAAGUCAAGCGAAAGACAUUGCGGUAAUCGUCGGACCAAUCGUGGGAAUAAUGCUCAUAGCGGUGAUAGUAUCUGGUACUCUAUUUAUAAUAACAGCACGAAAAAAACGUGCGACUCGCGGUACAUACAGCCCCAGUGCGCAAGAAUUCAGCAAUCCCCGGGUGGAAAUGGACAACGUAAUGAAACCGCCGCCGGAAGAAAGAUUGAUUUGAAAAUAAAAUUUAAAAAACCAACGCGGAAAUAAGACGUCAUUUCUCAUCGACGACUUAUUUCUCAAAUACUUAUUUACUUUUUAACUAUAUAUAUAUAAUAUCUAUAUAUAUAUUUACUAUUUCUAGUCCUCACCGCAUUAUUAUCCUCGGAUUUAAAAGCAGAAGAUAAAGCGCUGUGCAGUGACGGCCUGCAACAAUACGGUAAUUACGUUCGAACAUAAUUGCCCGCGGUUCUAAUCAAUAAAACGAUUUAAAAAAUUUUUU